UUCCUCCGUGGCGGCGGUGGCGAGCGGAAGUUCCUGGGAGCGCCAGUUCCGUCUGUGUUCCAGUGGACAAAAUGGCGAAGAUCGCCAAGACCCACGAAGAUAUUGAAGCACAGAUUCGAGAAAUCCAAGGCAAGAAGGCAGCUCUUGAUGAAGCUCAAGGAGUGGGCCUUGACUCUACAGGUUAUUAUGACCAGGAAAUUUAUGGUGGAAGUGACAGCAGGUUUGCUGGAUACGUGACGUCAAUUGCUGCAACUGAACUUGAAGAUGAUGACGAUGACUACUCAUCAUCUACAAGUUUGCUUGGUCAGAAGAAGCCAGGAUAUCAUGCCCCUGUGGCAUUGCUUAAUGAUAUACCACAGUCAACAGAGCAGUAUGAUCCAUUUGCUGAGCACCGACCUCCAAAGAUUGCAGACCGAGAAGAUGAGUACAAAAAGCAUAGGCGGACCAUGAUCAUUUCCCCAGAGCGUCUUGAUCCUUUUGCAGAUGGAGGGAAGACCCCUGAUCCUAAAAUGAAUGCCAGGACUUACAUGGAUGUAAUGCGAGAACAGCAUUUGACUAAAGAAGAACGAGAAAUUAGGCAACAGCUAGCAGAAAAAGCUAAAGCUGGAGAACUAAAAGUUGUCAAUGGAGCUGCAGCAUCCCAGCCUCCGUCAAAACGAAAACGGCGCUGGGAUCAAACAGCUGAUCAGACUCCUGGGGCCACUCCCAAAAAGCUGUCAAGUUGGGAUCAGGCAGAGACUCCUGGGCAUACCCCUUCCUUAAGAUGGGAUGAGACACCAGGUCGUGCAAAGGGAAGCGAGACGCCUGGAGCAACCCCAGGUUCAAAAAUAUGGGAUCCUACACCCAGCCACACACCAGCGGGAGCUGCUACUCCUGGACGAGGCGAUACACCAGGCCAUGCAACACCAGGCCACGGGGGUGCAACUUCCAGUGCUCGUAAAAACAGAUGGGAUGAGACCCCCAAGACAGAGAGAGAUACUCCUGGGCAUGGAAGUGGAUGGGCUGAGACUCCUCGAACAGACCGAGGUGGAGAUUCAAUUGGUGAAACACCGACUCCUGGAGCCAGCAAAAGAAAGUCACGUUGGGAUGAAACACCAGCCAGUCAGAUGGGUGGAAGCACUCCUGUUCUGACUCCUGGAAAAACACCAAUUGGCACGCCAGCCAUGAACAUGGCCACCCCUACUCCAGGUCACAUAAUGAGUAUGACUCCUGAACAGCUUCAGGCUUGGCGAUGGGAAAGAGAAAUUGAUGAGAGAAACCGCCCACUUUCUGAUGAAGAACUAGAUGCUAUGUUCCCAGAAGGAUACAAGGUAGUCCUUCCCCCUCCAGCUGGUUAUGUUCCUAUUCGAACUCCAGCUCGCAAGCUGACAGCUACUCCAACACCCCUAGGUGGUAUGACUGGUUUCCACAUGCAGACCGAAGACAGAACUAUGAAAAGUGUCAAUGACCAGCCAUCUGGAAACCUUCCAUUUUUAAAACCUGAUGAUAUUCAGUACUUUGAUAAACUGUUGGUUGAUGUUGAUGAGUCAACUCUUAGUCCUGAAGAGCAGAAAGAGAGAAAAAUAAUGAAGUUGCUUUUAAAAAUUAAGAAUGGAACACCACCAAUGAGAAAGGCUGCUUUGCGUCAGAUUACUGAUAAAGCUCGUGAAUUUGGAGCUGGUCCUUUGUUUAAUCAGAUUCUUCCUCUACUGAUGUCUCCUACUCUUGAGGAUCAAGAGCGCCACUUACUUGUGAAAGUUAUCGAUAGAAUACUGUACAAACUUGAUGACUUAGUUCGGCCGUAUGUCCACAAGAUCCUCGUGGUCAUUGAGCCACUGUUGAUUGAUGAAGAUUACUAUGCUAGAGUGGAAGGCCGAGAGAUUAUUUCUAAUUUGGCAAAGGCUGCUGGUCUGGCUACUAUGAUCUCUACCAUGAGACCUGACAUAGAUAACAUGGAUGAAUAUGUCCGUAACACAACAGCUAGAGCUUUUGCUGUUGUAGCCUCUGCCCUUGGCAUUCCUUCUUUGCUGCCUUUCCUAAAAGCUGUGUGCAAAAGCAAGAAGUCCUGGCAAGCGAGGCAUACUGGUAUUAAGAUUGUGCAACAGAUAGCUAUUCUUAUGGGCUGUGCCAUUUUACCGCAUCUCAGAAGUUUAGUUGAAAUCAUUGAACAUGGUCUCGUGGAUGAACAGCAGAAAGUUCGGACCAUCAGUGCUUUGGCCAUUGCUGCCUUGGCUGAGGCAGCCACUCCUUAUGGUAUCGAAUCCUUUGAUUCUGUGUUAAAACCUCUGUGGAAGGGUAUCCGCCAGCACAGAGGAAAGGGUUUGGCUGCUUUUCUAAAGGCUAUUGGGUAUCUUAUUCCUCUCAUGGAUGCAGAGUAUGCCAACUACUAUACCAGAGAGGUGAUGUUAAUCCUUAUUCGAGAAUUCCAAUCACCUGAUGAGGAAAUGAAGAAAAUUGUGCUGAAGGUGGUAAAGCAGUGUUGUGGGACAGAUGGUGUAGAGGCAAACUACAUUAAAACAGAGAUUCUUCCUCCUUUUUUUAAACACUUCUGGCAGCACAGAAUGGCUUUGGAUAGAAGAAAUUACCGACAGUUAGUUGAUACUACUGUGGAGUUGGCAAACAAAGUAGGUGCAGCAGAAAUUAUUUCUAGGAUUGUGGAUGAUCUGAAAGAUGAAGCUGAACAGUACAGAAAAAUGGUGAUGGAGACAAUUGAGAAAAUUAUGGGCAACUUGGGAGCAGCAGAUAUUGACCAUAAACUUGAAGAACAACUGAUUGAUGGUAUUCUUUAUGCUUUCCAAGAACAGACUACAGAGGACUCAGUAAUGUUGAACGGCUUUGGCACAGUGGUUAAUGCUCUCGGCAAACGAGUCAAACCAUACUUGCCUCAGAUAUGUGGCACAGUUUUGUGGCGUUUAAAUAACAAAUCAGCAAAAGUUAGACAACAGGCAGCUGACUUGAUUUCUCGAACUGCUGUUGUCAUGAAGACAUGUCAAGAGGAAAAGUUGAUGGGGCACUUGGGGGUUGUGUUGUAUGAGUAUUUGGGUGAGGAGUACCCUGAAGUACUGGUCAGCAUUCUUGGAGCACUGAAGGCCAUUGUAAAUGUAAUAGGUAUGCAUAAGAUGACCCCACCAAUUAAAGAUCUGCUGCCUAGACUCACUCCCAUCUUAAAGAACAGGCAUGAAAAAGUACAAGAGAACUGUAUUGAUCUUGUUGGACGUAUUGCUGACAGAGGAGCUGAAUAUGUAUCUGCAAGAGAAUGGAUGAGGAUUUGCUUCGAACUUUUAGAGCUCUUAAAAGCCCACAAAAAAGCUAUUCGUAGAGCCACAGUCAACACAUUUGGUUAUAUUGCAAAGGCCAUUGGCCCUCAUGAUGUGCUGGCUACACUUUUAAACAACCUCAAAGUUCAGGAGAGGCAGAACAGAGUCUGCACUACUGUAGCAAUAGCUAUUGUUGCAGAAACAUGCUCACCCUUCACAGUGCUGCCUGCCUUAAUGAAUGAAUACAGAGUUCCUGAGCUGAAUGUUCAGAAUGGAGUGUUGAAGUCACUCUCCUUCUUGUUUGAAUAUAUUGGUGAGAUGGGGAAAGACUACAUUUAUGCAGUAACACCACUACUUGAAGACGCUUUAAUGGAUAGGGACCUUGUACACAGACAGACGGCUAGUGCGGUGGUACAACACAUGUCACUUGGGGUUUAUGGAUUUGGUUGUGAAGAUUCGUUGAAUCACUUGUUGAACUAUGUAUGGCCUAACGUGUUUGAGACAUCUCCCCAUGUAAUCCAGGCUGUUAUGGGAGCCCUAGAGGGCCUGAGAGUUGCUAUUGGACCGUGUAGAAUGUUGCAGUAUUGCUUGCAAGGUCUUUUUCACCCAGCCCGGAAAGUCAGAGAUGUAUAUUGGAAAAUUUACAAUUCCAUCUACAUUGGUUCCCAGGACGCUCUCAUAGCCCAUUACCCAAGGAUCUACAACGAUGAUAAGAACACCUAUAUUCGUUAUGAACUUGACUAUAUCUUAUAAUUUUAUUGUUUGUUUUGUGUUUAAUGCACAGCUUCACACCUUAAACUUGCUUUGAUUUGGUGAUGUAAACUUUUAAGCAUUGCAGAUCAGCAUAGGACUGGUCAUAGAGGAAGAGCUAGAAAUCCAGUAGCAUGAUUUUUAAAUAACCUGUCUUUGUUUUUGAUGUUAAACAGUAAACGCCAGUAGUGACCAAGAACACAGUGAACACACACAAUACUGGAGGGAUUUCAUUUUUAAUUCAUCUUUAUGAAGAUUUAGAAUUCAUUCCUUGUGUUUAAAGGGAAUGUUUAAUUGAGAAAUAAACAUUUGUGUACAAAAUGCUAAUUUGUGCGUGUUUUUUGAACAUGACUUGUAAAAUGCGAGACUUUGAUAAAGUAUUGGUUUGUGUAGAAAAAGUGGCUUAAUUUAAUUUUCUGUCACCUGGUUUAUAGAAAGUAGUUUGCAGAAUACAAACUAUGAAGUGAUGCCAUCUUUGUCAAAAUUCCAUUGUUCUGUUAACAAUGACAGUGAGAUGAGUAACCUUGGGCGGGGGGAAUCUUCCCCUCACUAGCACAACCAUUCUAUCACCUUUUUUGCUGAACUGUCUUGGGUCAUAUUAUCUUGUGCUUACAUAGCGCCUUUCAUCUCUUGAUUUCUCAAAAUGCUUUACAGACAUGUUUCGAGGAAGCAGUUGAAGUCAUGGCCAGCUCCUGCCAGCUCUGCUGGGUUAGAGAGUAGGAGGGUUGCUUCCAAGCUGGUUUCUGCCUGUUGGGAGUGAGGCUGCUGAGCAAUGCUGAUAGAACAAGGCCAUCUUGGGCUUCUCCCAUGUCAUAAGCCACUGCCCAAUAGUGUAUUCAGUAAAGUGCCUCUUGAGCACCCACUGUAACCCACUGUAUGUGGCCAUUGGGCUUAGAUGCAGGGGACACAAAGGUGCAUGUGACCUGCCCUUAUCCUGAAUUACAGUCUAAUGAGAAGGGGGUAUGCAUCAUGCAGAUGCCUUAUGUACUGUGGAACAGAUAAUAAACUAAGUUAGACCAAGUGCCCAGCAUAAACGGAAUGAGAUGCAUUUAAUUCUGUAGGAACCAAGCAUUAAGGCAGCACAAUGUUAUUUUUUGGCAGAUGUUUCAAAUUAUUUUCUGCUUUUCCUAAUUUUGUUUUAUGGCCCCAAUGUCUUACUUUUGCCCCUCUGACUUCCUGUACUGUUUUUACUUUUUUGUUGUGUCUCCCUGUGUCAGUGUUUCUGUGAAUUCUAGAGGAACAACAGUACUGCAGACAGCAGCAGAGCUGAUGACUGCUACUGUGAGUCAAAGCACGUGUGCGGUUAAGUUUGUGUGCCAUGCUGGUCACAACUGAGGGUCCCUGCUUGGAAACUUAGAAACAACUUGCAAUUGACUUAUAACAGAUGGAUACUGAGCAUGAACUGAGGUUCCAAGCAGAAUAUAGUUCUGUUCCUUUUGUGACAUAAGUUUCUGAAAACAUGUAGUCCUUGUAUAGUAGAAGUAAACGCCAAUUCCAACCUGUCUUUGCAUUCUAGAAGUUUUUUGGCAGUACCUACCAUGCACCUUUCAGUCUUGCUGUUCUUUGUAGGUGUUGUCAAAUGGCCGUCAGUAAUCACCAAUGAGAGUUGGCUACAAUCAGAUUUUAUGUUAAACAGUUCUUGGGAAGAUUUAGUUACAUUUUCUGCUCAGGUACUUCCACGGCUUCAGUGUGCUUGAUCCAGGCUACACAUGGAAUAUAUACUUUGCAGUGGCAGGAUGGAGCAGAGGAGACUACCACUCCUUCAGGGGCUCUUUACUGAGACAGGCAGUUUUGAGGACAGAGGGGGGAAGUACUGAAGGCUAUAACUGAAAAAUUGGGACCAAAUGGAGGCUCACAGAUGCUUGGAUUGUCUUGUGUUUAUUGACUAAGGAAAGCAUUUUGUGAUACACUUAAGUGAAAGACGCUAUGUUAAGUUGUAACUAUCUUCUGAAAGACCUUUCACAUUUUGGUGUUUCUAUAAACCAAACUUAAGCAGAAGAAAUGUUCUUAAGGGGACAGAGGGUGGGAUUUCUGUGGGCUUUUGGGUUUUUCUGUGGGCUGUUGCCCUCUAAUGGAAUUGAUCUCUUGGCUGUUUGGUUUUUUUUCAUACUGUAUUUUUAAAAUUUGUUGUACGGUGCCCUGUGAGCAUCGAAUACCACCAGAUGAAUAAACUGAUGAUCUCUCAA